AGCAAACAAUCAUGGCGGUUGUCAUCUGACUGAAGUUUAGAUGGGACAAACUUUUUCAAAUGCUAUGCUUCUCGCACUUCUCCUGGCUUAUUUCUCGGCGUUGUAUCCGCUAGCUCUUCUGACUUUACUGGAUGUCAGUCGAAAUGAAACACGGAGUUAGAAAUGUGAGCUGGUGAGCGGGACGGCUUUGCGUUAGCCGCUCUAAUGCUGGUGUUUUACCUCAACAAGUCCUCCAGCUAACCCGGACUCUGUGCUCUCGCGGGAUUUCAACAAACUUUAAAUCGUGAAUUUUACAGGUUUUUUUUACGUUAAAAACCGGGGGUGGGGAUUAUAUCAAAAUGCUUCGCUUUCUUCGGUACUGUUUAAGCCACUGCCUCCAAGCAGCCAUGACCCGGCUGGAGGAGGUCAACGGGGAGGUGAGCGUGUGGUCGUCGGUCCGGUGGCUCGGCUACCUGUCCGGUCUGAACCUGCUCCUGGGUCUGAGUUUAGGUCUCUACACGCGCUGGACCGGAACAGCGGAGUAUAUAGUUCUUGUGGUACUUAUCCUGGCCCUGCUUGUCCUUGUCGCCGCCUGCGUGCUGUACUACUUCUUCGACCUGGAGCGGCCCAGCCUGAAUCUCCUCCACCUGUGGUUCGGCUUCCUGUUGGGACUCCUGAGCUUCCUCAACCCGCCCGGCCUGCAGGCCGACGUCAAGGAGCGCGCGGCCAAUUACCUGCUGCUGUGCAGCGUGGCUCUGAGGACGCUCUGGUCGCUGCUGGAGCGGCUGCUGGGCCGCACCCGGUACCGACCCGCCUUCAUCACCUCCGCGGAGCGCCUGGAGCUGGCCGGCUUCGCGGCUGCCAGCACGGCGCUCCGCGUCAACGAGUCUCUGAGCGUCACGGUGCUGGUCGUGGCUCUCGGUGCGGUCAUGAUCACCCUGCGCACCAAGGCUCUCCUGGCCUUCCCCAACUUCGCCUGCUUCACAUGCACCGCCGCGAUUUUCUUCUUGAAGUGCCUGAGCGUCGACGCCAACCCGUUCGCUGUCGCCUGCUUCUUCAGCCUGCUCAUCUGCGACCCUCUGCUGGACUCCUACUUCAGCGGGCUUUCCGUCAUCGAGCGCUGGCGGCCCAUCCUGGUGUCCAGCGGUCUGAGGCGCCGCCUGACUCUCCUGCCUCUGCUGGCGAUCGAGGUGGCCUUCGUCGCCGUCGCGGCUCAGAAGUCCCGGGACUCGGACCAGUGGUACCUGGUGAUCCCGGGCUUUGUGGUGUGCGUGUUCUUCUGGGCCAUCUGCCACAUGGUGUUAGUGAUCAGUGUGUGGGGCUUUCACAACAAGCUCAGUGACUGCCAGAGACUGUGUUGGACGCAGGGCCCAGAGGACGCCAGCCUGGAGAAGAUCAUGGCCUCGAAAGGCAUGAGGCACUUCUGCCUCAUUUCCGCAGACCUGGUGUUCUUCGCUCUGGUGUCCACUGCUGCUGUAGCUGCUUUUAGCUGGCAGGAGUCCAGUGGUAUCUUCAUCAGUACGUUUCUGCUCAUCCUGCCCCUGGAGUGUCUUCUUCAUGGACUCUUCUACGAGCUCGGGAACAGUCUGGGUGGGACCUGCGUGGGCUAUGCGGUGGUCAUCCCCACCAACUUCUGCAGUCCUGACGGCCAGCCCCUGCUGCUGCCGCCAGACCAGGUGCAGGAGCUGAACAAGCGCUCCACCAGCAUGCUGAGCAGCGUGCAGCGUUUCUUUGCCUGCCACCUGAUCGAGAACUACGGUUGCGACUACUCCACCAGCGGCAUCACCCUCGAGUCCCUGCAGGCGAAGAUCAAGUCUUUCUUGGAGCUCCGCACAACAGACGGACCUCGCCAUGACACAUAUGUGAUCUUCUACAGCGGCCACACGCACCGCAGUGGAGAGUGGGCGCUGGCAGGUGGAGACGUCCUCCGCCUGGAUCAGCUCUUGGAGUGGUGGAGGGAGAAGAACGGAGGGUUCUGCUCCCGCCUCAUCGUCGUGCUGGACUGCGACCACUCGCUGCCCUGGGUGAAAGAAGUCCGGCGCGUGGAGGGGCUGCACGUGGCCGUGCAGGGCGCGUCGCUCGAACGGGCCGGCGACGCGGAGCGGCGAGAGCCCCCGCAGCUCGGGGACUUCACCGCUCAGUGGGUGGACUACAACUGCAACCCCAACAGCGGCGUCCGCUGGUCCGAAAGGAGCCGGGCCGUCUCGGCCGCCUACGGCGUCUCCAGGCACUGGAGUGACUACACUCUGCACCUGCCAACAGGAAGCGACGUCACCAACCACUGGAGCAUGUACUUCCCCCGGGUGACCUACCCGGUGGUGCAGCUGGCGGCGUGGUGCGGCGGCCUCAAUCUGCUGGGGGUCUGCAGCUUCUGCCUGCGGUACCUGAGGAGAAUCAAGCUGAACUGGUUCCCACCAGCUGUACUGGACACCCAGCAGGGCUUCAAACUGGUCACAUCAUAGGGACCAAUCAUGUGACCCUACAAAAAACAGCAGAUAAAUAACAGCUGCUGAUAUUUUUCUCACUAAUGUGGCAGCUACUCAUCACCAAACCAGCACCCUGAUAGUUACUGAAAAAUGAAUGUUAGCCAUUUUUUAUUCUUUUAAUUCAGAUAUUUAUGUAUAAAUAUUUUUGGAACAAAAGGUCAGUCGGUGAGAUUGAAGUCGUUGCUCCCAGAUCAGACUGAGCUCAACGUUUUGCACAUUUUCUCCUGUUAAAUCCGACUCCACCUUGGAUCUUUUUGCUUCACAUGUUGCCUUUUACCCCAAAAAAAAAAAAAAGAAAGACCUGCUCUGCUAUUUAUUAAGAUCUUGAACCAAAGUGACUCAGAUACAUGCGUUUUUAACCAAUUGCUACGCUCAAAGAAAUUAUUCUUAUUCUUUUUGAUGCUGUUUUGUCAAUACCUAUAGUUUCUGAAAUGCUCAGGUUGCUGCUUUGUAUCCCUAAGAAUGUUUUCUACUAUUUUUAAGAGGAAUUUUCUAAACCCACUCCAGCUUCUUCAGGUAGCACAAUAAGGAGUGAUGCAGUACUUCUAAUAGACCGAAGAAAGAUGUAAUAUUCUUUCUGGAUAUUAUUUUAUUCAACUAUGCAAGUUUUUUUUUUUUUUUUUAUUUACUUAGAAUCAGUAUAAUGUUUGAAAGUGAUUAAUGGUGAGGAAACGGGUGAAAGAUUGAUUACACUAUGCAAUAAAUUAAGUGGACCUUAACUGAUUUAAAGUGACUUUCUUGCAAAAGAAUUCACAUCCUUUAAAGUUUUUCAGAUUUUAAACACGUCUCAAUUGGAAACUUCAAUGGAUUUUAUUCAAUAGAACAUAUCAGCUUUUAAAAUGCUAAAAGAAGCGUUAAAUAUUAAAGUUGUGGAAAGAUGUUAAUCUUAAUCAGUUUAUUAUAGAGAGCAUUUUAAAAUCUAAAGCAGAUGUAUAAAUAUGUUAAAAAUGAAUUGGGCCGAGCACUAAACCUUGUGGUACUCCAAAAGUAACUGAUGUGCUGGACGUCACUCUUGUGGCUACUGAUGUUACUGUGUGCUAAACAAUGCAAUGUCGUUUAUUGCCUUGAACACCCAAUUUCCAAGAUAAAACCUGAUGCUGUGGGACAUGUGCAUGCCGCGUUUCAGAUCUGUGCAAAAAUUAAAACAUUUUUUGACCUUUUAAUUUUUCAAUUACACAUUACCUUGUAUUACAUUAAAAAAGCCCCCUGAAGUCCCUUAAAGAUUUUGUUUUAACAUGACAAAAUGUGGAAGAGUAGUAUUUAGCACGUGAGACGACCCGCUUCAUCUCCUGAAACUGUCCCGUACGUUUCCCAGAACAAAACAAAGAAGCUCACCAGGCUGCUUACCCAGUAAAGAGAUUGUUCAGUUAAAAUAAAACCCUCGACCACACCGUCGUCAUUUCACAUCAUGCUGGGAGUUGUAGCUACAAGCGAAUCAUUUCAUUGUAGUUCAUGAAAGUAAGAGGAAACAAAACGAUUCAUUUUUCUCCAAACCUAAGUGUUUGCUAUUAUCUGCUAUUAGAAAACCUUAAUGAUGGCCAGCAACAAAAAUGUCCUCCAUCCAUUUACCCUCAUCAAGAUGCUGAAACCAUGCAUCGACCAACACAUGCAGCGUGAAUAAAACAGGC